ACGCCCCCUCCCCUCCCCCCAGCCCGGCCGCGGCCUCUCCCAUUCCUGGACUUAACUGGGGCCCAAGGAAGCCCUCGAAGGGGCUUUUUAAGGCCCUUGCGCGCCGAGCCUUGCGAGCCUGUAGGACCAUACCGGUUCUGGGACGCGUUCUGGUCCCCGGGGACUGAGCAGGAGACGGGGCUGGGCCAGCCUGACUAGCGCGGCUCAGUUCUGACCCUGCGCCUUGAUUCGGCUGCCUAAGCACCGAUUCAGUUCUAUGCUACUGGAAGAUGAAAGAGACUAUACAAGGAACUGGGUCUUGGGGGCCUGAGCCUCCUGGACCUGGAGUAGCCCCAGCUUACUCAAGCCCCAGGCAGGAGCGUCUUCGUUGGCCCCCACCCCCCAAGCCCCGACUCAAAUCAGGUGGAGGGUUUGGGCCAGAUCCUGGGUCAGGGACCACAGUGCCAGCCAGACGCCUUCCUGUCCCUCGGCCCUCUUUUGAUGCCUCAGCUAGUGAAGAGGAGGAAGAAGAAGAGGAGGAUGAAGAUGAAGAUGAGGAAGAGGAAGUGGCAGCUUGGAGGCUGCCCCCCAGAUGGGGUCAGCUGGGAGCCUCCCAGCGACCUCACCCUCCCCGCCCUACUCAUCGAAAAACCUGCUCACAGCGCCGCCGCAGAGCUAUGAGAGCCUUCCAGAUGCUGCUUUACUCAAAAAGCACCUCGCUGACAUUCCACUGGAAGCUUUGGGGGCGCCACCGAGGCCGGCGGCGGAGCCUCACACACCCCAAGAACCAUCUUUCACCCCAGGAAGUGGGUGCGACAUCACAGGUCCCAUCCCCCUGCUGUCGUUUUGACUCCACCCGGGGGCCACCUCCACCCCGGCUGGGUCUGUUAGGUGCUCUCAUGGCUGAGGAUGGGGUGAGAGGAUCUCCACCAAUGCCUUCUGGGCCCCCUAUGGAGGAAGAUGGAUUAAGGUGGACUCCAAAAUCUCCUCUGGACCCUGACUCUGGCCUUCUCUCCAGCACUCUGCCCAAUGGCUUUGGGGGACCACCUGGGCCAGAAGGGGAGCGAAGUCUGGCACCCCCUGAUGCCAGCAUCCUCAUCAGCAAUGUGUGCAGCAUCGGGGACCAUGUGGCCCAGGAACUUUUUCAGGGCUCAGAAUUGGGCACUGCAGACGAGGCAGAGCGGCCUGGGGAGAAAGCUGGCCAGCAUAGCCCCCUGAGGGAGGAGCAUGUGACCUGUGUGCAGAGUAUCUUAGAUGAAUUCCUUCAAACAUACGGCAGCCUCAUCCCCCUCAGCACGGAUGAGGUAGUAGAGAAAUUGGAGGACAUUUUUCAGCAGGAGUUCUCUACGCCUUCCAGGAAGGGCCUGGUGCUGCAGCUGAUCCAGUCAUAUCAGCGGAUGCCAGGCAAUGCCAUGGUGAGGGGCUUCCGCGUGGCCUAUAAGCGGCAUGUGCUGACCAUGGACGACUUGGGGACCUUGUAUGGACAGAAUUGGCUGAAUGACCAGGUGAUGAACAUGUAUGGAGACCUGGUCAUGGACACGGUCCCUGAAAAGGUGCAUUUCUUCAACAGUUUCUUCUAUGAUAAACUCCGUACCAAGGGUUAUGAUGGAGUGAAAAGGUGGACCAAAAACGUGGACAUCUUCAAUAAGGAGCUCCUGUUAAUCCCCAUCCACCUGGAAGUGCAUUGGUCCCUCAUUUCUGUGGAUGUGAGGCGACGCACCAUCACCUAUUUUGAUUCGCAGCGUACCCUGAACCGCCGCUGCCCUAAGCAUAUUGCUAAGUAUCUACAGGCAGAAGCAGUGAAGAAAGACCGGCUGGAUUUCCACCAGGGCUGGAAAGGUUACUUCAAAAUGAAUGUGGCCAGGCAGAAUAAUGACAGUGACUGCGGUGCCUUUGUGUUACAGUACUGCAAGCACCUGGCCCUGUCUCAGCCGUUCAGCUUCACCCAGCAGGACAUGCCCAAACUUCGUCGGCAGAUCUACAAGGAGCUGUGUCACUGCAAACUCACUGUGUGAGCCUUGUAUCCUAGGCCUCAAGUCCAUUCUUAAUGGGCAUGGGGACACAGAGACCUUCCUUCCCAAGAAACUCCCAGUUUCUUUUCUCUGUUGCCUCACCCCACCCAGUUCCCUUUGGUUUUUCAUAUUUAAAUGUUUUGAUUUCUGUAUUUUUUUUCUUUUGAGAAAAUACCUGUUGACUUCUAAUGUUCAGGGGGUGGCCAUGGAAAAGCCGCCUUUUACCCUCUGACUGCAGGGGAGUAUGGCCUUAUGGCCUGGGUGGGGGCAGUUAGCUCCCUUCCAUGUGCAGGUUGGGGGGUGGGAGGAAAAUCUGUGCUGGGGUGGUGGGCGGGCAAAGGGAUUAC